AAUGAAAUUGAUUUUCUUCAUCUUGCCAUUGUGCUUUGCCUUGGCCUAUGGCCAAUUUGGCGGUUUGGGAGGCCUUGGAGGCGGUGCUGGUAGUUUUGGCAGCGGUGCCUUCAACAGAGGCAGCGGAGCUUUCAGUAAUGCCAUUAAUCGGGGAGUGAGUUCAAUUGGAUCGGCCCUUAAAAAUGUACCCAUACUGAAUAAUGUCAAGGAUUUUGCCGAUUUUGCUAAACAAACUGGCCGCACCUAUGCCACGGCUGCUGAGAAAGCCUUGCAUGAGGAAAUCUUCAAGAGUCGUAAAAGCUUUGUGGAUGCCAACAAUAAGUUGUUUGCUGCCGGUAAAUCAACCUUCGAGACGGGUAUUAAUGCCUUUUCGGAUUUUACCCCCACUGAGUUCCUGAAGAAGCUUACCGGUAAUCGCAAAUCCGCCAAGGGAGAAGCCGCCGCCAGCAGACAUCGCCAACGUGCCGAACCCCCAGCCGCUAGCAAACUUCCCGAUUCCUUUGACUGGCGUGAAAAGGGUGGCGUCACCCCCGUCAAAUUCCAGGGUGAAUGUGGUUCCUGUUGGUCUUUCGCCACCACCGGUGCCAUUGAGGGUCAUUACUUCCGCAAAACCGGCAAGCUGAUCAAUCUCUCCGAACAAAAUCUCAUCGAUUGUGGCAAAGAGGAUAUGGGUUUAGCCGGUUGUGAUGGUGGCUUCCAAGAAUAUGCCUUCGAAUUUAUUACCAAUCAAAAGGGUGUAGCCAAAUCGGAUGGCUAUCCCUAUUUGGAUAAGAAGGAUACCUGCAAAUAUAAACCAAAUCUGAAGGGUGCCGAAAUUAAUGGUUUUGCCAAAAUCGAUGAAAAAGAUGAAGAAACAAUGAAAAAGGUCAUUGCCACAUUGGGUCCAGUGGCCUGUUCCGUCAAUGGUUUGGAAUCUUUGUUGCUGUACAAACGUGGUAUUUACUCGGAUGAGGAGUGUAACAAGGGUGAGGUGAAUCAUUCGGUGCUUGUUGUUGGUUAUGGCAGUGAAAAUGGCCAGGAUUAUUGGAUCGUGAAGAACAGCUGGGAUAAGGCCUGGGGUGAGGAGGGCUAUUUCCGUUUACCACGUGGCAAGAAUUUCUGUGGCAUUGCCACCGAAUGCAGUUAUCCAAUUGUUUAAAUGGGA